AAACCGGUGUUCUCUCCUAAAAAUUCAUCAUUCAGUUUUCAGAUUUCGUCAAAUACUUUUGAGUGUCCGAAAGAAACUAAAUUGAUUUUCAACAUGAAAGCUUUUAUCAUUUUCGCAUUGUUUGCUGUCGCUUAUGCUGACUUUAAAAUCGCAACUGGAGACGAUUUGAAUCGUUAUCGUGAUCUUUGCAAAACUGAACUCACCAUCCCGGAUGAAGAUAUUGAAAAGUUUAAGAAAUGGGAUUUCACUAGUGAACGCUCUCCUUGCUACAUUAACUGUGUGUUUAGACACAUGCACUUAUACGACAAUGAAACAGGCUUCCAAAUCGAUAAUCUCGUUAAACAAUUAGGACAAGGACGUACUGACAACAUCCGUCCCGAUAUCGAAAAGUGUAUUGACAACACCGUGACAGAUAAUUGCCAACGUGCAUUCAAAGGCUUCCAAUGCUUCGGCAAGAACAACCUUCAAAUGAUCAAAUCAAGUGUCAACUAAAUGGUCACCUUCAAGGCAAGACCUCUAAAUAUUCAUUGAUAGGAGAAAGUAGAAUUUGAUGAAUAAAGAGAGUUCAAAGCACUGAAA